AUGUUGACUGAAAAUAAUAAUUAUCAAUCAUCGGCAGCAGUUAGUUCUUCCUCUUCAUCAUCAAAGAGACAUCAACAUCAUGAUGAUGACGACAAUGAUUAUGAUGAUAAAUUUAAAAAGUUUUCUGAUCCGACAGAGGCUGCCAAACACACUUUCAGAUCACUUGAUCGAGUUCCAGGAUCAUCAUUCACAAUCAGAUCUAAUAACAAUAAUACCACUUCUGAUAAUAAUAACAAUGAAAAUAAUCCAAUUGAUAGUGGCUUUGGACAGAAUCAAAGGAAAUUCCCAGAAAAACCAUCAGCACACAGAACACCACUACAACAAGUGGGUGACUUUUUCAAUAGUUUGAUAUUCAGUUUACUCUAUGUUACUGCUGACACAAAGAAGAGAUUUUAUAGUUUCCUUGUUGGUCUGAUUACUAUUGCUAUUGUUGUGUUUGUUGUCAGUAUAUUGUACAAUUCAAUUCUGAAAGCAAAUUUAAUCUUCUUGAAAUUAUCUGAGGACAAUGUUGGAGAUGCUGAUAUAAUGUUUACACCAAAAUUCACAAAUUUAACAACUAUACCUUUUAUUAACAAUACCGAGAUUAGUGAAAAAUUAGCUAAUAGUCCUUAUAUUACUGGCACAACCCCUCGUUGGAUUAUAUUUGCCAAUCUACAGAAUAGAGAUCAACCUCAAAAGAAUAUUAGUGGACUUCUCUUGAUUUUGGAUACUGAGAGAGAAGAACAAUUGGGAAUUGGUAGAAUAUGGCCAUACAGACCUCUUGGAGAAGGAGAAAUUCAUGUGAGAGAUUCUAUAUUGCGAGCCAUUGAUGUGAAGCCAAAUAGAGGGCAGAGAACUAAUCUUGUAAUUGAUUUUGCCAGUUUGGCCAGUGCAUUCUCUGGAAUGAAGGGUGAAUCUUCUGUUGUUGAUUCUAUCACCUCCAAUUAUGCCAAAUAUCCAAGUGCUCUUGGUAACGUAAUGAUUAUUGACAGUCACUAUGUAGGUCAAAUAAUUGAAGAGUCACUAUUUGCCUCGCCCUCUACGCAGUUACUUUUGGAAAUUACAGGAAAUACUCAAAAAAUCAAAAACUUUUUCAAAACUUUCCCAAUAGAACAGUACAGUUUAACUCUAGCAGGUCGACUGAAAGACAGAUUCCCAACCUAUCUCAAGAGUGAUAAUGAAAGAAAACAAGCAGUUAUUGGCAUUACCAAUGGUAUGAUGGAUAGUAUUGGAGUUGCUUAUCCAGUCACUUACACUCUUCCACUUUUGAGUGCUUUAGAUGGUACCAAAUUUAUUUCAUUAUUUAUUGAUCAAAUCUUUAUUGGAGUUGUUGUCAUGUUAGCCAUUUUGGGUAUCAUUUUGAUUUUUGCCCUCCUUUUGGCCAAUGUUGAGGAGAAAACCUAUGAAUAUGGUAUGUUGAGAGCCCUAGGUCUUCGUCAGUAUUCUCUUAUUCAGGUCAUUUUGGCUCAAUCCAUGUACUUUGCCAUACCUGCCAUCAUUAUUGCCAUGGUACUUGCCUUCUUGGUAAAUAUUUUGGUUGAGUAUGUAUUACAAGUUGUUAUCAGCACUCCAAGCUUGAAUUUGUACUUCUUCUGGGCUGCAGUUGUAGUUCCAAUUGCUCUUGGUUUUGGUAUUCCUAUUAUUGCUAACGUUAUUCCAAUUAGACAUGCUAUGAGCAGAACUUUGAGAGAUUCACUUGACAUUGCCCAUCAAACUUUCAAUGAAACCACUGUCAAAAUGAUCAAACUUGAAGAAUUAGGAUUGGAACCAUGGCAAACUGGUGUAUCUAUUUUAUUGGUUAUUAUUGGUUUUGUAGUUUACUAUAUGAUUCCAUAUUCAUUUAUUUUCACUGAUCUCCCACUCUUCUUCUUUAUUUUGAAUGCUAUUCUAUUGGGUAUGCUUGUUGGAUUGUGUAUUAUUGCUGUCGUAUUAGAACCAUUCUUUGAGAAGAUUAUAUUGAAUUUAAUCUUGUGUGGACCUGAAAGAAAAUUGAAGACUUUAAUUUCCAAGAAUUUGGCUGGUCACCGUAAACGUAGUAGAAAGACCUUCCUCAUGUUUACACUCUCAGUUGCCUUUAUUGUUUUUGCUGGUGUUGUCUUUUCAUUGCAAUCAGCUAAUAUUCGUGCAAAUGUUGAGGCUUUCCUUGGUGCAGAUAUUGUUGUCAUUUCAACCAAUUCACGUUAUUCACUUCCUAAAGACAAACUCAAUGAAGCUAUUGCACUCCAAAACAGUAGAAACAAAACGAUAGAAGCACCAGUUAAGGGACAUGCCUACCAAUCAUUCAGUAUUGCUAAUAUUCCGUUCUUUACUGGUUCUAGAUUCUCCUCACUUGCCUAUUUCCCUAACAGAAGAGUUGUUUAUAAUGCAGUGGACAGAAACUUUUUGAGUGUUGUCAAGAGCAAGUACUUCCUCUACACAUACAUUGAUUCAAGUUUCACGUACAAUAUCACAGAUGAGAAACCAGAUGUUUUCCAAAGUUUGUACGAUAAUGCAGGACAAGCUCUUGUUGAUGGAGAAAAGGUUGGAUUCGCACCAAGUAUUGUAUACAGUGGUGUAAAACUCAAUUUCGAAGACAAUUAUACCUUAACCUUUGAUCCAGCCUCUCAAUACUCACAAUACAUUGAUAUUGUAGCUUCUGAAGCUAUGAGACCAUCUGUUGGUAUUGGAAUUAAGACUCCAACCGAUUUGAGAUUCUCUGGCAUCAAUAGUAAGACAGGAACUCAAAAUUAUGUAGAUUUUAUUGGCAAGUCAAGAUGCCUUGCCUAUAAGGUCCCUGGUUUCUUCUAUUCUUCAUAUGAACUUACUGCUUCUGGUUCUCCUGUUAUUAUUACUAUGGAUGCAUACAAGAAAAUUGCAAGAUCAGUCGCUAAAUCAGUUGGUCUCACUACUUAUAAUGAUGAAGUUUACUAUCAAAAGCUCUUUAUCAAGCUCAAAGAUGAAAUUACAACCUUUGAAGUACAAGACGUUUUCAAUGCCUUACAAGCUUCUGUUAGUUCUGAUUUCACAAGUAUUCAAAAUGUCAGAGAUUUGGUUGGUAGUACAGAGACUGCUACACUUGUCCUUAUGGCUUUCUUCAACAUUGUUGCUGCUAUUGCCAUCAUUUUGUGCUUCUUCAUGUUGGCUGUUUCAUUCACUGCUAACGUUAGAGAUAACUCUUGGGAAUUUGGUGUGUUGAGAUCUAUUGGUUUGUCUGUCAAUGCACUCAUUCGUGCCUAUAUUUAUGAAGCUCUUUGCUUGGUCAUUUCGGCCUUUAUUUCUGGUACUGUGAUUGGUUGUGUAAUUGCCUUGACAUUAACAGCUCAGUUCAACUUGUUCUUGGAGAUGCCGUUCCAAUUCGAUUUCCCAUACUACCUCUUCUUCUCUAUUCUUAUCAUGGCUCUCAUUUGUGCCAUUCUGGGUAGUUACUUGCCUGCUAGAAAUUUGAGAAAGAAGGAAAUUGCUCUCGUCAUUCGUGGAGCUGAAUAAAUCAAUCUUCAUAAAAGGUACUAUAUGUAUUGUCCAAAAGAUCAUUCCCCUUAAUUAUCGAAAAACAUUGGUUCGACAAAUUAACACAAUCCAACAUGGGAAAAAUUGCAUUCUCAUAUCUACAUACAACCUUGCACAAACAAGAUAACCAUUUAGGAAAUCCCAUAUCUCUUGCCUCUUGAUAAACAUCAGUAUCCUUAUCUGCAGAAUAACAACAGCAACAAGUUCCACACCAACACAACGCUAUUAGGCAACCAUUGCAAAGACCACACAAUCUAGAUGUACAACAUAUUUUUGAGUAGCACUUGUCAACAGAUCCAGAUACAGUCCAAAUUUUCAGCUUUACACAUUUUUUUUCAAUAGCUUGUGACACUUUCAUACUAGGAAUUGUUGGAAAGUAAUAGUGGUGAGAAAUGAUUACAGAUUUUUCUCUCUUGAAGAUAAUCCUCUCAAAUUGAAUUUCAAUCUUAUCUUCACUG